AUGCAGCCCGUCCAAGAGGAACCCGAGUGGUGCAGCGAAGCAGCCGAGCGUUCUGGCGUCGUCCGCCCGCCGACGCAGCCUCUUCACAGCGGAUGGAGGCCUUCGCCAACGUGGGCUGGACUGCCACGCGAUACGCACUUCCUGGCCGAGGGCCCGUGGCCGGCAGCAGCACCGGACUGCACCUACCCCGGUUACUAUUACGAAGGCAGCGCCGGGCCCGUUUCCGAGCAGUCGCUGGAGCCCGAAGCUGUGACGGAGCCCGCGAAGCCCAGCAGUCCUGAGUGUCUGAGCUUCGUCCUCGGCGUGGCUUUCGCGGCACUCCUCUUGGGCAUUGGUCUUCUCGUCAUUCACAGCUCACUGUCGCCGCACGACAUCACCCCAGACAUUGGGGAAGACGUCCUGGAGCGACGGCUGGAAGUGGCACCGAACACAGUCGGCCAGCGCCUCAUCCCGCGCGGGGUUGUGCUUCCGGACGUGGACGAACGCGGGAACAGGAAAACGACGAACAGGAAACGACGGGUCCAAGUCGCGGGCAGAACGGCUAAUGAUGGAGGGGCAUCUCGACCACGGCUGACGACGGCGAAGGCGAGCCCCGAGACGACGACACUUGCCGUCACAGUGGCCAGUACUCGGGUCGAAGACGACGCACAACCGAGAGGUGCCUCCACCGACGAUUCGUGCAGACGCCACGUGUACACUCACUGUGUGCGGCCCAGGCCGGAGUUCUACUACAGUGCCGAACGGCGAGCCUGCGUCCCGGCGGCCGCGGACACCGUGCACGUGUGCAACCGCGGCUCCAACCGGUUUGCCAGCUUUGAGAGCUGCCUCGCCAGCUGUGCCAACGGCCGCCGCAUGUCGGACCGGUGUUACGAAAGCACGCUGUUCUUUCCCUGCGCCCAGCAAGACGUGCUCGACGUGCCGUGGUACUUCGACGGCAAGAACUGCGUCGCGUGGAGCUUCCCGCAGGGCACCUGCUUGCCCAUGGGCCGCCGGGGCGUGUUCCGCAGCUUCGAAGAGUGUCGCCGGCGCUGCGUGCUCCGCACGGAGCCGGAGUGCGACGAGACGCCUCCAGCUGAGGCGUGCUCGCCUCGCCAGCUGAGACACCCUUAUUUCGCCGACAUGCAGGCGCGCGGUGGCGCUCGCUGCGUCAACGCGUCCCGGCGCACGCUGCAGUCGCGCCGCUGCCUCAUCGGGUCCAACCAGUUCGCUUCACUGGAGGCCUGUCGCAAAGCGUGCGUCAGGAAUUAGCGGCUUGCGGCUUGCCCUCCGUGCCCGAUAGACAGUUUUUGCGCGUCACGACUAUUAAAUCCAGCGUGCGUGUCGAAUCGACCGUCUAUUUUUCCUUCGUAUUCCAUUCACGACGAAAUACUUCGGUAGGUGCGAGGAGGCGUGCUGCGAGGCAUUCGUCAGAAAGAGGCAGCACAGGGUUGUCUUUCAGCAUUCCUUGCUCCGCCUUUCGGUGCGAAGACAGAGAAACUGCUGGGAAGUAUAUUGUAAUGCGUCCUCAACUGGUUAAGAACUGAGGUAACCAACGCGAAAAACACGAGUGCUUGUGGGGCACUCGGGGAUUCUCCUUUUUCUCAAAGAAUAACUCUCCUUGGAGGGCUUGCCUAUCUAUAAAAAUGCCGCUCAACACCAUUGAAGGUUUGUUGCUUAAUGCAAAACGGCAAUUGGAGGACUUUGCGCUUAAAGUCGUCUUCGUGGACUCGC